AUGGCUCUUCGGUGGGACGUGGCCACCGAAGAUGAAAUUAUUCAGCAUUGUUCGCGUUCCAAUCCGGACCGAAACGUCAUUAGCGAACUGGAAGGAGGACUUUCAGUCAUCAGGAUUUCAGAAGACGCAGUUGUCAAGUGCGGAAUCGGCGUCACCAAAUUCGAGGCUACAAACCAACAGCGAGCAUAUGAGACUAUCAAUCCGGCAAUUAUACGAAUUGGCCAAGUGUAUCGCUUCUUUACCAGUGGGUUAAACGGCUACCUGACAAUGGAAUACAUCAACUGCCAGCCUGUCUCCUCCGUGACAGAUCCUGACAUCUACUUGGAACCAAUGGCAAAGGUCCUGAAACAUUUUGAACAAGUGCAACAAGACAAGCCUGGACUUUUUCACGAGGGCCUCGCCUUUGGCCAGCUUUGGUUGGACUACGAUCUAAUCGCUCCUGCUACCGUAUCAGACAUUGAGGAGUACUACAACAAAAGAUAG